CACUGUUGCAAGACAGGACACUGGGCUAGAUGGACCAUUGGUCUGACCUAGUAUGGCUGUUCUUUUGUUUUAUGUACAGGAAUGAGGCUCUUACAAAGCAGAAAUGGGAGGAGGGAGUUUUAGAGAGAGAUGUGUUCAAACACAGUGAGACUUGAUGUAUGGAAGAAAUAAGAAGUGAUCCCCAGCUCCUUCUCCAAAGCCUCAGGUGGGGAUUAGCUGGCAACAGCUGCGGCUGCUGCUCUUGAGAGAAGUGGUACAUGCUGUCUGCCUGUGGGUGCAGCCCCCCAGCUGGUUCUCCUGGGGAAGAUGGUGAGUUGCUGUGCAGGGAUGCUGCACCAGCUGGGGUCUGAAAUAUGAACAGAGAUCUAAGGACUCUACACUGGCCUCAGUAGUAAUAAGCUCGAUAGCAUUCAUCACCAUACAAAUUUUGACAGGUUUCCAUGCCCCUUUUAGGGCUUAUGUCCCGCCUUCCCACCCCCCAUUUCCGUUGGCGUGAAAGUAUGGCGCCGUCAGCCAUUUUGAAAAAAUAUGUGCGUAUAUGUGUUUGAGUAGGGGAAGUGUGUAUGUUUGUGCUUGGGUACAUGAAGAGAAAAAGGUUAAAAGGAGAAUGUGAGUGGAAAAAAAGAGAGUUUGAGUAAGGUUUAAAGGAAAAAAAAAUUUGAAAGAAGAGAGAGAAGUUAUUGAAGAAAAGAGGCUGGUUAUGAAAGAAUAGAAAGAGAAGAAAAAAUAAAGCAGUGUUUGUUUUACUGAACACAUGUAGAGCGAGACAUCCUACCCCUACAAGUGUUGGUAGUGAAAUGAAAGCUGUUCUGGGGGGUGAGGCUAGGGAGCUAGCCCCUCCUUUUGGUGGACCAAUCAGAGAUGGUAUUUACAGUUAGGUCACAGAACACAGUUGUUAAACCAAUCCUAGAGUCCCAAGAUUUUAAACAAGAGCCUUUUAGAAACGAGCUAUUGUUUACCAAUGAACAUGUGUUCUUGUGUAUAAAAACACGUAGUUUUGCAAGUGAUGUUUUUAAAACAGGGAGCCUAAACACAAAGACAUGUCCAUGUACAAGAUGCCUACAGAAGCCAAGAAGCCGGAAUUGCCCCAGGGUACACCAAUCCGUGUUCAGAAGAGAAGACCUCUUUACAGUUAUUUUGCCAACGAGAAAGGGUUGUUGCUGAGCCCUACAUUUUAUCCUGAAAUAGAACCGAAAAAAGAGGAAGACUUUAUGGAGCCACAGCCAUUUGUAAAAGAAAAAAAGGAUCAAGUGCGAAAAAAAUUAUUGUCGGAUUUGGAAAAAACUGAAUUGAAGGCAGAGGUAGGAAUGGAAGAAGAGCCUAUAUAUGAGGACAUGACAACCGAGGGACCGUCGCAGGGUAGCGAUGUCGAGAACCAACCAAUAGACCCCAAGUCAUGGAAAGAUGGCAAUAUUGUUACAAUAACCAAGCUGAGGCUGUACAAGAUUACUGCUCUGGUGUGUGACAAAUGGCCAACAGAUGCAGAGACAGAAGCACACGAGGAGGUUGCUGAAACUAUGAUCGACGGAGCCCUUGCCGGUGGUGAUUCAGAAACAAAGGACACAAACAGGGUGUGCAGCAAGCGGGUGUCAGCGGUAGAACCCAAAGAACAUGUUGAGGAAGGGGCUACGGGGCCCAACGGUGCAUCAGCCGAGAAUGAUAAUGAUGAUUCAGAAUCAGACGAGAACAUCUUCAGAGGAUGAAGAGAGGUGGCCUUUGAGCAGAAUAACCAUAAUAUGUACCUGUUUUUUUUUGCGUGAAGCAAGAUGUUAAAAAAAAGUCUGUAAAAAGUAAGGAGGGUGACCAGAAAAGCUGUGAAGAUGCCGUUAUGGCUGAUGUUAUUAGAGCUGUUGUAAUAAAAGCCAUUUACCACUGUUUGAAAAAACAACUUUUUGAAAACUGUGCAGCCUGUGCGGUAAAUGAGUUCAACCUUUUUAGUCACCCUUGUAUUUUUUGGGGUCACUCAGAAGUAUUUUAUCAGAUUAGACAUAUUUCUUCUAAACUGAAUGUGGCCCAGCUUUUAAAUAUAAUUAUAGCAGAAGGCUACAAACUGAAAAAGCUUAACAUAACCACUGAAACUAUAACUGAAGUUGUUAAAAUGAUUAGGGAGGUUACAGAAACAUCUGACCUGGUGGCCUUGCUGGUAGACCUGUCAAAUGAGGUGGCAGCCGAUAUUGGUCGAUCGGUGUGUAGCAGGGUUCGUAAAAUGGAUUAUAAAACUUUUUACGUAUCAGCUUCUGACCCUAAAGGCU